GUAACUUUUUCCGCAACGUGGCGAGGGUUUCUAUUUUUUCCGGUAGUGGUUUAAACUCUUUAAGAAAUGAACGUACUCGCUUAAAGGCCGGCAACGCAUCUUCGGUUCCUCUAGCGUUGUAGAUGUUCAUGGGCGUCGGAUGAAAUAGCAUUUGUUAUUUCUUCUCGCUUGUCACCUUAUGCCAUAAUAGAUCCAUUCCAUCACAUUUUGUAUUUUUGGCAAUUUUCAGUUAAAAUGGAGACAAAGCUGUGAUAAACGCAACUUUUUUCACCAACCACCACCACCAUCACCAACCACUCGCGUUUUGUAGGGUUGCAAUCCUAUCUCGUUAAGUAAGCUACCAAAACAUUUUUCGGCUAUAACCGGAAAUAGAUUUCCGUUUUUUUUCCUUUCCUACAUUUCCUUCCUUACUGUCAAUGUCAAUCAAAUUGAAUGCGUCAAUCGAAGCGAUGGUGUGAAGUAGUUUUUUAUUCUUUCCCACUUUUAACUGCAUAUUUAUAUCCGAGAAUAUUGCUAAUUUGCUCUUUUUCCAUCUCUUGUUGCGAUGAUUUAUGAAGUAGAUAACAUUUUCUGGUACCAUUAAUCACGAUAUCAUUCAAUAUUGUACACAAAAUUAAUCAUCAUGUUUUCGUCUAAAAUUCAUUAAACUAACUGUUGAGAAAUAGUGACAAUUACAUCGUCGCAAUACGUUUUUUCACAAUGAAUUUCGAAAAUAGCUCCAGUAGUGGCUAUGUCACAAACGAGACCAUAUAUGGGACUCACGAAGAUUCCCAUGCCGUGAUGUCAGAAAAGGUGCAAUCUCUGGCUGGCAGUAUUUAUCAAGAAUUUGAGCGUAUGAUCGCGCGUUACGACGAAGAUGUUGUGAAGACAUUGAUGCCGCUGCUCGUGAAUGUGUUGGAGUGUUUAGACUCUGCAUACCAGACCAAUCAGGAGCAUGAAGUGGAGUUGGAGUUGCUGCGGGAGGAUAACGAACAGCUGGUGACGCAAUACGAGCGCGAGAAGGCAGCGAGGAAGCAUUCUGAACAAAAACUGCUUGAAGCUGAAGAUCAUUUUGAAGGUGAAAGGAAAGAUUUAACCGGGCGCUUAGAGGCCUUGGACAGUAUAGUGCGUAUGUUGGAAUUAAAACACAAGAACUCCUUAGACCAUGCCAGUAGACUGGAGGAAAGAGAGAAUGAACUAAAGAAAGAGUAUGCAAAACUACACGAGAGAUAUACAGAGUUGUUUAAGACUCAUAUGGAUUAUAUGGAACGCACAAAAUUGUUGCUCAGCACAGCUGCUAAUGAUAGGGGUGGUGAAGUUCGUGGCAGAAUCAAUCUCAACAAUGUUAGCAGAUCAAGUGGGCCUAUGUCUUUCGGAUUCGCCUCACUGGAGGGUUCAGUGAAUAUUGUGGAGCAAACGGAGAGCAUUCCCGGAAGUCCUGUGAGCCUUUCAUCCUCACCGCCUUCACCACCAAUCGGAUCUGAACUAGCAGCUGUCCGGACCGCUGAACAAAGCCACCAAACUGAUCCCAUCAGGCAGCAAAGUCAAGCUACAUCGCCAGUGGCUCCCCAGGCCAGUGCUGGCAGAUCCCAUACUAAGAGUGAAAAAAGAAGUGCAAACACACUAUACCAAGAACUGGCUUUCCAAGAUUCAGAUCCCAUAGUUGAAGAUGAAACUGAUAUUACAGGCAAUUGGGUGCAUCCCGGUGAAUAUGCUUCAUCGAUUAACGACAACUACUUUGGCAAAGAAGUUGAGAAUCUUAUUUUGGAGAACAAUGAGCUGUUGGCCACAAAGAACGCUCUGAACGUGGUGAAAGACGAUUUGAUAGUUAAAGUGGAUGAACUGACCGGCGAGCAAGAGAUACUGAGAGAGGAAGUUUCCAAUCUCAACGCGGCCCGGGAGACUCUUAGAGAGCGCGUUAAUCAACUGGAAGACGAACUCAGACGUCUGAAAGAAACUGUGAGUUCCACCACAAGUGGAGAAAAUGAAGACGAAGCUGAUGUUCCAAUGGCGCAGAGAAGGAGAUUCACUCGAGUGGAAAUGGCACGAGUUCUUAUGGAACGUAAUCAAUAUAAGGAACGUUUCAUGGAGUUACAAGACGCGGUACGUUGGACGGAGAUGGUGCGAGCGACGCGCGGCGACGCCUCCGCCGGCAAGAAGAGUAAGCAGAGCAUCUGGAAGUUCUUUAGCAACCUUCUCAACCCUAGCGAGCGUCCGCAGCGGCCUCUGUCUACCCCACAUCUACGCGCUGUGACAGCACCGCAGCCAGCGUUACGUCAUUCCCGUACUCAGGUUGACUUCUUGGAAACUCAGCUGACUGAUCAGCAUCACAGGCGACAGGAUAGGAACGAACAGUUCCGACAGGUGCGGGCUCACGUGCGGAAGGAAGACGGACGUACUCAAGCUUACGGCUGGAGCUUGCCCGGAAAGAGUGUGCAGGGACAGAAAGGUCCAAGUGUUUCCCUUUCAUCGGGAGGCGUGCCAGUACCAGUGCCUAUAUUCUGCAGACCGAUAGCAGAAGGCGAGCCUCGUAUGAGUUUGCUCUGCGCUGCCGGAGUCAAUCUGAACGGUGGACGAACCUCAGACGGCGGUUGUAUGAUCGGGGACAGUGUCUUCUAUCCAAAUGACAGCGAAGACGAUAAUGAUGACGAACAGAACACCAUGUGCUUAGCAUAUGAAAUGACUAAGGCGGAAUCUGUUCACUCGCCUGAAAUCAAUCAGAUCGACCAACAGUUGCAGUCGACUCGUGUUCCCGAACACUCUGAGAAAAAUCUUUCCUCCUUCGUAUGGAUAUGCUCUAGCACUCAGAAUGAUGGGGUUGUUAUGAUUAUCGACGCUAAUAAUCCAGCGGCAGUGAUAGAGACGUUCACUGUUUAUGAGAAGCAUAUACUGUGUAUAGCGUCGGUGCAAGGCGCAACUGAUGAGGACUACAGGGAGUUCAAACAACGUGAUACUGAACUCAAAAAUAAUGGAAAGACACAGUUCCAUUGCCCAGAAGAGGAAGAAGACGAAAAUGGCGAGAAGAAAAUUGUGGUUGGAAGAAAAAUUAUGAUGGACUCUAUUCUGCUGUCUCCUCCUGAAUCUCCGGUGAAAGAGAAGAAAGAGAACGAGGAAAAAGAUGUAGAAGAAACUGGCUCGACUUCGCAGAGCCCGCCUCUAAGUUCUACACCUAUUACUAAUACAAUUGUGGAGGUACAAGAAGAUGUACCGGAACAAGGCGUUGCCGCGUACGAUGAUGAGACAUAUCGUCUCAGUCCCGUGUUUGAAGCAAGAACUUCUACUAUUAUGCCUACUAUGUGGCUUGGAACUAAAAGCGGCAAUUUAUACAUACACUCCGCUGUUGUCGAUUACAAGAAAUGUAUCACAAUAGUGAAGAUGAAUGAUGCGAUUCUCUCCAUCGUGUCCUGUUCUUCUCGCUGUUUGGUCGCGUUGGCAGAUGGUACUAUCGCUAUAUUCGCACGCGAUGGUACCGGACAGUGGGAUUUGAAGAAGUACUUAGUAGUUACACUAGGAGACCCUAAGUGUUCAGUUCGUUGCCUGUGCGUGGUUGGCAACACCGUGUGGUGUGGGUACCGCAACAAGGUGCAUGUAGUGGAGCCCCGCACCGGCGCGCUGGUGCACUCGCUGGAGGCUCACCCGCGGCACGAGAGCCAAGUGCGACAGAUGGCAUGCGACGGAGACGGAGUCUGGGUUUCGAUUAAAAUGGAUUCAGCGUUGCGUUUAUACCACGCUCAUACUUACCAGCACCUACGUGAUGUAGAUAUCGAGCCGUAUGUCAGCAAGAUGCUUGGAACUGGAAAACUGGGUUUCUCCUUCGUCAGGAUUACUGCGUUAUUGAUCAGUUCAGGACGUUUGUGGAUCGGUACAAGUAAUGGUGUUGUUAUCUCCGUACCAUUAUCGGAUACUCAAGGCUCCAGUCGUGAUUCCAGUGGUAGUGGCAGGCAUUCCGCAAUCGCUAAUACACCAGCUACAGGCCGUGUACGUUCGGACUCUACCAGCCCUACCGGUUCUAUCCCGUGGUGUUCCAUGGCACAAGCUCAGCUGAGCUUCCACGGGCAUCGUGAUGCUGUGACCUUCUUCGUAGCUGUUCCAGGGAACGCCAACUCUCCAACACGUUCUCCGGAUUCCCCUCAAAAGACCGCAGACUCACCGCAAAAGACCGCAUCACCUAUGCUGGUCAUGUCCGGUGGGGAAGGAUACAUCGACUUUAGAAUAGCGGAUUCAGAAAUGGAGGACAGUGUUGUGGUCGCUGAGGACGGGUCUAGUGGGCACAGCUCUCUGGCGGAGAGGGCUUCCAAGAGCCACUUGAUAGUUUGGCAAGUGGCGACCGCCUAACGUGAGGCCUGCCGUCCACGCUUCGAUUCCGAGUCAGAUUACGUGUACGUAUGCACGUCAACCAAACCAGCGACCCCUUACAACGCGUAAGUCGCUACAGUGAAUAGGUCGUCUUAUACUGGCGAUGUGUUUUUUCAAAUUACAUCAUUUCAAUCUAAAUAGUCACCUUUUAACUAAUAACUCGUUCUCAUAAUGUUCACAUCACCAGUGACGAAAGAGAUUUUUGUAGUGAUUCUUGAUACAAUAAAAGAUUAAUUUUUUCAUUACAGUUUUACACAAAUUCAAAUUUGUAAUUCUUAGUAGGGUUUUGAAAUUUUUUCCUGCAAAAAUCACUUCCUAUUCACAGAUUUAGCUGAAAUCUUUAGUAUACAUUUGCUAACUGCGAUGUAUAUUAUGGAUUAAGGUUAGAUUCAUAUUCGCCGAAGUGUUCUCACAUUUCAUACGAACGGCGCAUCAUUCUGACUCCAAUAUAGAAGCAGUGCACGGCAUUAUGGACUUUUAAAACACAGUUUUACAUAUUAAUCACAAUAUAUGUGUGCUUCCCGUAGUUAUUGUACACUCAGUUGCAUAAAUAUACAUUUGCAAAUAUACAUAUGCAAGUAUCCUUUAAUGCUAUUCAAGAUUGGAAGAUCAAACUGAUACAGACGGAUUCAUAUUUUUAAAACCGAAAUUUAUAAUACAAAUUUCAGAAGAUUAGCAAAUGUAUUUUUAUGCAGCUAACUGGAUUUUACCUUAGAAUGAAAGUGCUAUCACAUGUAUAUUUGUCUCAGUUUUGUGGCAGAAAACGAAAGGGAUGAGAAUAUAUGUGAUGGUAAGUUCUAUGGUUGCUUACUCGUAUAGUGUUUUGUGUAUUAUAGUACGAUAUUGCGUAUCAAUGUACCAAUCGUAUAGUUUUUAAGCUUUAUCUCAUCUAGUAAUAAUGUACAACUUGUAACCACCAAAUAAUACAUUUCUGUAGUUAAGUUAGUAUACAAUUAAGAUAUCUCAAAUGGCAGGAAUUCUCCUACCCGUUUUUAAUUUGGGCUGUGGUUUUUAUCUGCAACACAUUUAGUUUUUUUUCUUUAAUUUAAGAUUGUACUUGAAGUGAUGUUAUGAUUUUUUUGUAAUUUUGUUUGAAUAAUAAUGUAGGUUUUAACGUGUUUAUUUAUUUUGCUAUGAAUUGAAAAGAUAUUCUAACAAAAGUAUAUUUUCAAAUUAUAAAAUUAUUUAGUUUGAAUGAGAUUAACUAUUAAUAAUUUUGAGAAAAUAAUUAAACAUGAAUUGUUUUUCUUUUUUUUAUAUGGCAACUAUUUUUUUCGAAAGCACGUUUUUGGUUCAUCACUUUAAAUAUAACCAAUGGUGCAAAUUUAGUUUAGGUUACAUUUUAUUUUAAUAUAAUGAAUUAUUGCAGUGCUAUAAACAAGUAAUUUAUAGUUUGAUAUACAUAGAAUAGCUUAUUUAUUUACUUUAAGAUAUUUUUUUUAUUUAAAAGUAUAGUUGAUUAACCAUAAAUCAAAGUCUAGAUUAGAAGCUGGUGAAGGCAUUGGAUGAUAAAACAAAAAUCAAAUAUAAGUUGAUUUAAAUAAUUUUACUAUCAGUUGUAUUUCAAUAUAAUUCUGCUGUUGAGUAGAAAAUAUGUUUUAGGACCAAUUAAAAGACAAGUGUUAUAUUUCAAAAUUACAUCGGUUUAUUGGACUUUAGAGCGGAAGUGGAUUAGUCGGGGGAUGGGACGCUUAAGCAAGGAAAACAUCCUCUUUUUGUGCGUCCCUUCCUCUAUUAAUUAAAAUUAGGCUUUCGCAACUGGAUGUACUGCGAUCGAUCGUCGAUCGCUAUUUUGUCGAAUUACAGCGGCCAAUUGAUCGUCUGUCACCUUAUAUUAUAAGUUUUAUUUUUGCAAUAUUUCGAUUUAUUAACAUCACAAUUUCCAAAACAUCAAAAUGCCUUUUGACCAGCGUUUCUUCAAAGACCUAGUCAGAAUGAAACGAUUUAGAUUUUAAUUUAAGUAAUUGCUGAUAGAUUUACUGAAUGUUACACAGUUUGCUUUAUGCAUAAAACGAAGGUGUUGCGGGCAUUAUUAUAGUAAGAAUUAAUCGAUGGCUCCUAUGUAAACUAUUCUAAGUUUGAAAUGCACAUUCAAGACAAAACUUUCAAUACUAUUAAUUACGCUUCAAAGGACAUAAAAUACACAACCGAAAUCUAAAGUUCUUUUUAUCAAAACUUUAAAAAUCAGUGCUUAUCCAGAUAAUUUUAAAAUUAUAAAACUAGAAGUAAAUCCCAAAAAUAUUACUUACGAUAGAUUACGUAAGAGCCAUCGAAUAUGUGAUUUGCUGCUGAAGGAUGUAAAAGUUUUCACAGGCGAAACAUGUUUCUCGAUAGACUGAGGGAUAGUAACAUGUUUUUUAGAAAAGUUAAUGCACUAUUGCCUAUGGAUUGAUGAAAUUAAACGUGAAUUUAGAGCAAGCACAUACAAAUGUCAUUGCGUGGGGAAAUGUUAUUUAGGAAAGGUCCCGAUAAGGCUUAGUCAGUUUAGCAAUGCUUGCAAUAUCAACCAAAUACUAUAGUUAUAUAGGCAUAGUUAAUAUUGUAAACUUUGAAUAUCUUAUUUUGUCUAUUUAUAUUUACUUUAUACUUUUUAUACUUUCAACACAAUAUGUUAUUAUUUCUUUGAACAUUUUACUUUUUUAUCAUCUUUAUGUGAAAGUAGAGUUUCAGUUAUUUUAUGUAUUGUGCAAACUCAAAUUAUAAUGUUUUGUCAACUUUUAACUUAUUUGAAACAAUCAUCACAAGCAGUUUAUAAUUUGAACACAAAGGUAGCAAUCCAUACAUUUAUAAUCUAUGGACAAAAUGUCUCGUAGAAGUAUGACAUCUAUUUAAAAGUCGAUUUUAUAAAUGUCAUAAGUAUGCGUGACGUCAUUUUUCUCCAAGUGAAAGCCUCCGGAAGCCUUUUUUGCCUUGAUUUUGGGCUUCGGAUAAGCUAUAGAUUAUAAAUCUGUGUUCUGCUAUUAAAAUACUUCUUUUCAAUGUUCCAUUAUUUUCCUAGCGAUAAAUGUUUUCGUGUUUGUAAUCUUGCUGCAUCAAAUAAAUUAAAGCUGCUGCAA